AUGGACCUGCCGACUCCGAGCUACCGGCAGAUACUGAUCGCGAGGGAUCGUUUUCGAAUUCAGGAUCCCGAGUUGAACGAAGUCGUGACCCUGUCGCGGUACCGUCGAACGUCGUUGUGGUUCCUCGAGUGUAUAGAGAAUUGCGACAACGCUCGACGGCUUCUCCUCGACGAGUUUCAAAGAGAUCGAGAGGAGCUGUACGACGAGGAGCAUUAUCGGGUGGACACGGAGAUAACCGCGUCGGUGCCCGAGAACCGACCCUCCACCGCCUUCAACGCGACGCCGUGUUGCACGAGUACGCAGGAAAUACUCAGGCGGAUAUUGGCCAAAGAGUUGCUGUGUCGAAUGUUCAUGGUCGAUCGAUACUCGGUCAACUAUACCGCGCUGUUGUUGGCUUUCUGCAAGGACGAGAAUCCGCGGGACGGAUUCGGGAAAGCUCUCGCGCUCGCCAUAGGUAACCGCGUGUGUACCGACGCUGAAGAGGGCGAGAGAUACGUCGAGGAACUCUUGGAACGGAAGAAACUCGCUCGACCGUCCUUCCAAACUCUCGAUCGCGAGGCUCUCGAGGUGACAAGUAUGGUCGUCGAUCGGCUGAUGCACCGAGUAGCGAGGAAGAUCGAUCGACGUGGGGAUCGCGAGACGAAAGACGCGAGAGCGUUUAAGAGUUUCGACCAGCCGAUGGCUUCGGAGAGCGUGGCGAAGGUGGAAUCGCUGAGCGGUUGCGAGAUCCAGGACGAGCAGCCGUCGAUGGAGUGCACUGCCGAACGUUACGCGACCGAUCCCGAAACGGUCGUCUAUUGGAUCUCUCGCGACAUUUGCCUCACCGUGCUGGCCGCGGCAUUGUCGUGGGACACGUUCAGCGAAGGCAGGGGUUGCGAGACUCUCGUCGAGAGUUUGUCCUCGGUGUACCGAGAAUUAUGGGACCCGAAUCUGAACGCGGAGCAGGACGUGGUACUGGCGCAUCGCCUGCUGAAUCACGACUUCGUGACACGGCUGUUGAACAGAGUCAGCAAGUUUACCGUGAAGAACCUAGACGGCAUAGUCGUGGAGAUUUUACGGGCGAGGGAAAAGGAGCAAGAUCUGGCUGAUACGUUUCCGUGAAAGAAAAAAGGAACAGCGAGUGAACGAAACGCGCGAGAUUUAGGAGGACAAGCUUUAACGGGAUUUAUUGUUUCGAUACAUCACGAGCAGUAACUUGUGAAAAAUUCUAAUCUUCGAAAUUUGAAUUGCGAAAACGUCGCGUAUCGCGUACACGAGGACCGCGUCGCAUGUUUUUCGCGCCAAAUCCGUUUCGCCGUAUCGCUCGAGACGAGACUCGGCCAGCUUUUCGUAGUAAUAUCGGCGAAACGGUCCUCGUGUGCGUGUUCAUCCGCGAAUAUCUCGGCACCUUAAUACCUUAAUGUCAUAAUACCUCGGUACAAGCGACGGAUUACAAUAAUCGUACGUACAUUACACACCGCGUUUGUAAAUCGAUUACUCUCGCAUAAAUACUUAUGUUCUGCUUACGCUACUGCCUUCGUUUCAAUCGUCGUACCUUUUACCUUUUACGGAAUGCGCGCAAAUCAAAUACGGAUCGAACGUUUAAACAAUAAACUUCAUAUUUCUCCAGAAGACUACGAAAAUAUCGAUUUUCUUACGACAUCUCGUAAAAGCGGCCGCUCUAGACGCGCGUGCACGUAACGUUACAACGGAGAUUUGUUUCGAAGGAACAACGAUCGAAA